AUGAACCCCAACCAAAAAGAACAAGAUGACGAGGAUUAUGAUCCUCAUCUACACCGCGAACUUGAAGAUCCCUCUACGAACUUUGAGACAUUCUUGAAUUUGUUGAAAGGAGUUUUGGGAACUGGGAUUCUCGCCAUGCCAGAAGGAUUCAAAUAUGCUGGCAUGAUCAAUGGAAUCGUCUGCACGAUGCUUAUUGGAAUUUUUUCUACUUAUUGUUUUCACGUACUGGUGAGAUCCCAGUACGUACUCUGCAAGAAGAAUAAAAUAGGACUUCUACCAUAUCCGCAUUCUAUGAAAGCUGCAUUGGCUAUUGGUCCAAAAUGGAUGAGAAGAUUCUCCAAAUAUGCUGGGGGAAUAACUAAUUUCUUUCUCAUCGCCUACCAGAUAGGAACUUUAUGCGUGUACGUAAUUUUCGUCGGGGUCAACAUAAAAACGGUGUUCGACCAAUAUAUCGAACGAAAAAUUCUGCUAACUUUCUACAUACUGAUGUCCUUACCAUUAUGUCUGAUGUUGAUGUGCGUCAAGAACUUCAAAAUGUUCGCCAAAGUAUCGCUGUUUGGGAACGUUGUCGCCCUUCUGACGAUAGGUGUCAUCGGAUACUACGUAUUCCAGGAUCUGCCGUCAUUUGGAAAUCGGCCUGCUUUUGGAAAUUGGGCAGAUUUUCCACUGUAUUUUGGUACUUCGUUGUUCGCCAUUCAGUCUGUACCAGUCGUGGUUAGUGUGGAGAACAACAUGGCCACCCCAGCCAACUUUCUGGAACGUUUUGGAUCACUCAACAUCGGAUUCGGAAUUGUAACAGUUCUUUACACGAUAGUGGCUAUGAUGGGGUACUGGAAAUAUGGAGAAGAUAUUAAAUCUUCUAUAACUUUGAAUUUUCCUGCAGAAGAAGCGGUUGGUCAAUCGAUAAGGGUAUUAUACUCAAUAUCCAUCGUAUCUUCCUAUGGUCUAAACGGUAUAGUACCAAUCCGUAUCAUCUGGGAUGAUUAUGUCGCCAAUCUUCAAUAUUUCAACGAAGCCAAUAAUUGCAAGAAACUGAUGUGGGAGUAUGCUUUGCGGAUAGUAAUGGUUCUAUUCACCUUCCUCAUGGCCUUGACGAUCCCCCACCUAGGCCUAUUUAUCUCGCUGGUAGGCGGCUUCUGCCUCUCGAUGCUGGGCAUCGCUUUUCCUGCCCUCAUGGAGAUCUGCGUUCUAUGGCCAGACAGGCUGGGCAAGCACAAGUGGAUGCUGUGGAAGGACUUGUGCAUCGUUGCUAUUGGAUUCGUCGGUUUCGGCGCCAGUUGCUACGCUUCCAUCAGGGACAUCUACACGGAGCUGUCGGCGGGAAAUACGAUCGGGAGUACCUGA